ACUCAUAUGAAAUGGGACGGAGAAAAUAAUAAGAUAUCGGGAAGAAACUGGAUAGUUUCCCAUAAAAGAAAUAAUUAAAAAAUCCUCUCUUAGAUUCUUUUGGUUGACAUUGGACAGUUUUUUCUUUCCCAAAUUCUCCUCAAAUCCACCACUUAAUUACCCCAACUGCCACUUCAUCUUCACUCUCCUCCCAUGGCUACUCUGCAAACUCAUCUCCAUUUUCCCAUCUCUUCUUCACCAAGAUUGUUCCAUUUCAAAAACCCCAAUUCAGUUUCUUUCUCAAAAAGGCUUUUUUUCUCCAGAAAGCUUAAUGGGUUGUUUAGUUAUGCUGAAUUUGGUGCAAAAGAUUCAUUCUUUUGUUGUUGUCAAGCUAGUGGUGAAAUUUUACCCCUUUCAUCAGCUCAGAAGGAGAAGGAGACUAAUGAAAGGCCUCCUUUUGAUAUCAAUUUGGCUUUCAUUCUUGCUGGUUUUGCUUUUGAAGCUUAUACUAGUCCUCCAGACAAUGUCGGAAAGCUUGAGGUGGAUGCAGCUAAUUGCAAAACCAUAUUUCUUUCAGAACAAUAUGUCAGGUUACCCAAAACUAGAUUCAUGCAUGUGCAACUGUCAUUUGUGCGUGAAAUUUAUGACGGCCAGUUGUUCGUAAAGCUAAAGAAAGGUCUCAAUUUACCUGCUAUGGAUCCUUGGGGAACGAGUGAUCCGUAUGUGGUGUUACAGCUAGAUAGUCAAGUUGUCAAAAGCAAGGUGAAAUGGGGGACAAAAGAGCCAACAUGGAAAGAGGAGUUUGCUUUAAAUAUUAAGCAGCCACCUCUGUAUGAUCUUCAGCUUGCAGCUUGGGAUGCAAAUCUGGUGACUCCACAUAAACGCAUGGGAAAUGCAGCAGUUAAUUUGGAACACCUCUGUGAUGGAGAUUCUCAUGAACUGCUGGUUGAUUUGGAUGGAAUGGGCGGUGGUGGGAAGAUAAAGAUAGAGAUUAAGUACAAGAGUUUUGAGAAAAUUGAAGAAGAAAAGAAGUGGUGGAACAUCCCAAUCAUUACAGAAUUUCUAAAGAAAAAUGGUUUUGAGUCUGCUUUGAAGACAAUUCUGGGUUCCGAGACUGUUCAAGCUCGACAAUUUGUACAGUUUGCGUUUGGACAGAUGAAGCUACUUAAUGAUGCAUAUAAUGAUUCAAAUAGCAGCAGCAGUCCUGUUGUGGAAUCAGAUGUAUUACCAGAGUCGCAGAAAUCGUCCAACUUGAAUGACUCAAGCAAGCCCCCAGAAUCAGAAAUCUCAAAUAAUUUGAAAGACACCAAAGUUGAUGGUAAAGUGGAGUUAAAUAGUGAUGGAAGGAACUCUCAAUCAGAUAAACAUUUCUGGAAGAAUUUUGCUGAUACUGUCAAUCAAAAUGUUGUUCAAAGACUUGGUCUCCCUGCUCCUGAGAAAAUAAAGUGGGAUAAUCUUGACUGGUUAAAUAAGAUUGGGGUACAAUCACGAAAAGAUGCAGAUGCAGGUUAUGUUGAAUCUGGUCUGGCAACUCCUGAUAAACAGGAAAAUGUUAAUGGUAGUGCAUCAACUGAACCACCUAUUCUUAACAACAUUCAGUCAUCACUUCCAGAUAUCAAGAAGGUGACACAGGACUUAUUGCGUCAAACUGAUUCCAUUUUGGGAGCAUUGAUGGUUCUAAAUUCUCAAUUCAACAAAGGAGCAGGCCUUUUCGGAAAAGGUGAUGCUAAAGAAGAUUCUUCAACUGGACUGGAAAAUGACAUUCUUGGAUAUCCCAUGAAUAAAGAUGGAAUAGUGUUGGAUGAGAAGAAAGCUGAGGAGAUGAAGUCUCUUUUCUCAACAGCAGAGACUGCCAUGGAAGCUUGGGCACUGCUAGCUACUUCAUUGGGACAUCCGACUUUCAUCAAAUCUGAAUUCGACAUAUUAUGCUUCUUAGAUAAUGAGUCAACUGACACAGAGGUAGCGCUCUGGCAUGAUUCAGCAAGGAAACGGUUAGUUGUUGCUUUCAGGGGAACAGAACAAACAAAAUGGAAGGAUCUUGUGACGGACUUUAUGCUAGUUCCUGCUGGGUUGAAUCCUGAAAGGAUAGGUGGGGACUUCAAGGAAGAAGUUCAUGUUCACAGUGGUUUCCUAAGUGCAUAUGACUCAGUUAGGAUUAGGCUCAUCUCGCUUAUCAAAAAAGCAAUUGGCUACCAGGAUGAUGAUCUUGACACACCAAACAAAUGGCAUGUUUACGUGACUGGCCAUAGUCUUGGUGGUGCAUUGGCUACUCUUCUCGCUCUUGAACUAUCAUCAAGUCAACUAGCUAAGCGUGGAGCUAUACGUGUGAUCAUGUACAACUUUGGAUCGCCAAGAGUUGGAAACAAAAAGUUUUCUGAAGUUUAUAAUGAGAAAGUUAAAGACAGCUGGAGGGUUGUAAAUCACAGAGAUAUAAUACCAACAGUUCCUCGCUUGAUGGGCUACUGCCAUGUUGCUCAACCCGUUUAUUUGGCAGCUGGAGAUCCGAAAAACACAAUGGAUAAUAUGGAACUCUUGGAAGAUGGUUACCAAGGUGAUGUUAUCGGAGAGGCCACCCCUGAUGUUAUUGUCAGUGAAUUUAUGAAAGGUGAAAAAGAACUUAUUGAGAAAAUACUGAACACAGAGAUUAACAUAUUUCUAGCAAUCAGAGAUGGCAGUGAACUUAUGCAGCACAUGGAAGACUUCUAUUACAUCACUCUAUUAGAGAAUGUGAGAUCAAACUAUAGAACUGUUCCAAGGCCACUACUGACAGAAGAGAAGAACAUAUCAAUUGGCUAAAAUGGAAAUUAUCAAAAUUCACCAAUGUUGAUAUUUCAAUUUCCAAAGGUUGUAAAUAACAAUAACACCAAAAAAUUGGCUACAUUUAUUGUAUAUAUGUAUGAUUUUUAUUUAUGCAA